AUGUCAUUUGAAGGCGUGGUUUACGAUGAAAAUGACAAACAUGGUCUUUAUGAAUCAAAAAAAAGUCUUACAAAUGAACAUUUGGAUGAAAAAAAUCUUAAGAAAAGAAAUUUAUUAUAUCCUUAUAGAAAAAGUCGUAUUUUUAUUAAUAAAGAAAAUUCAGGAAUUAAAAAAAAAUUAUUUAAAAGAAGUAUUUUUGAUGAAAUUUUAAAAAAUAUUUCAAAUGAAAUUAGAAAAACAGAAAUUAAUAAAAAUCAAAAUUCAAAAGUAAUUAAAAAAAGACAAUCUUAUGAUGGUAAUUUCCACAUAACUAGAGAAAAAAAUCGUAAUAAUCGUAAUAAUCGUAAUAGAAGAGGCGUUUUUUAUGAUGGUCGUAGAUCUCCUAAUAUUCAUUAUAUUUAUGGAUAA